AUGAAUAAAAGUGAUUUAUUUUCUUUUUUGGUUCUUGUUGUUCUCUACUUGAUGCAAGGCACAAUUCUGACCAUUUUUACUGCUACAAUGCCAAUGAUUUUAAAUGAAAUGGGAUAUUCAAUUUCUCAGCUCUCUUAUUUAAACUUUACUUCUUACCCUUUUGCUUUGAAGAUUUUCUUCGCACCUUUCUUAGAUGCAUAUUACAACAAAAAGUUUGGAUAGAGAAAGUCUUACAUUGUUCCAAUGAAUUAUAUUGCAGGAAUUGCUUUUGUGUUGAGCUCUUUUGUCAUAGCAGAUUGGAUGAAAAGUGGUCAUAUCAUCUUACUUGCAGCUCUUGGAUUUUUCCUUGUUUUUGUUAUAGCUCUUUAGGAUAUAGCUACCGAUGCUUGGGGUAUAAAGAUAAUGUCUAAAGAGAAGCUUUCUUAUGUUUCUUUGAGCUAAGCAAUUGGCAUGCAAUUAAGCUUUAUUUUUGCAAAUACAGCUUACAUCCAAUUGAAUUUUAAUGAAUAGACUUUCUUUUACUACUUUGGAAUCUUCAUGAUAGCAUUUAAUGUCAUUGUGCAUUUCUUCAUAGAUGAGUAUGGAUUUAAUCAAGAAAAGAAAUAAUAAGAAAUAUAAGAAGAACAAGAGCAAGAAUAAUAAGAGUUAAUUGCAUAAUAAGAUAACAAAGUUAAUAAUUAAGGUCAAGGAGUGGAAAACAAAAAGAAGAAGAAGAAAGAUAUUAAAGUGAUAAUUCAAACUAUGAAGGGAUUCUACUUUAAUGAAUAUUUAAGAACUUUAAUUUUUCUUGUUAUGAUUUAGAAUGUAGGAAUAGGCCCUCUAAUGUCAACUUUUACUUUAAAAAUACAAAAAGCAGGAAUAACAAAAAAAUAACUUUCUAUGUCUUAGUUCUAUUAAUUCCCAAUUAAAUUUUUGAUGAAUUUUUUAGUAGCAAAAUAUUUCAAAAAUUCUUUAAAAGUUAGUCAUGUUAUUCUUAUUUCAAUGCUUGGACUUUAAGUAAUACAGUUUUCAUUUUAUCAAGCACAGACCUAUUCUCUUUUCCAAGAUAUCUAAUACGUCUAAAUAGGUAUAUUAGUGUUUAUACAGCUAUUUGAAUCUUUAGUAAUUACCUCUUUGAUCUAAACAAGAACAACAUUUUACUCGUCAAUAGCAACCAAAGGAUAUGAAGGUAUUUAUAUUACCAUGUUAACUUCAUUCUAAAAUCUUUCUAGAAAGUGGGUUGUUUCUUCAUUCUAGUUCUUUGACGAUUAUCUUAACAUUAAUUACAGCGUUCCAAUACUCUGGGUCUUUUAAUUAUUUUACAUAUACUAUAGUGAAAAAGAAUUCAAAUAAAUGGAUAAACUUGACAAAAAAAAAUGGUGUCUAAUAGAAACUAUGGAGUCAAAAUAAGCAAAUGAAGAUAAAAAAUCAUAAUGA